AAUGUAAUCUAAAGGACCUUCUGCAUAAUAUCUACAGAAACUCAUAAUCGAGGAUCCAAAUAGAGCUCCUGAACGUGUGUUUUAAACUAAUUAAAAAUAUGCUGAAUAUAUUGCUUAUUUAGGUUCUCAAAAGGCUCCAAUAACUGCAUAUACGAAAUUAGCUUAAUGGAAAUAAUACUAAUUUGAGAAUGUAAAUCUAUUAAUUGAUCCUGCUAAAAUAUCACCUUUAUUAUCUGCACUUACUGAUGAAAAUAAAUUAUUAAAACAUGAAUGUUUCAAAUAAUCUAAUGAUAUUGUUGAAUUAACUACUAUGGUUGAAAGAUUAAUAGAUGAUAAUUUAGUAAUAAAGAAACAUUUAGAUUUGAAAACUAAUGAAAUGUAACAUUUUCUAUAGACUUAAAAAACAUAAAUAAAUGAAGAAAUAUAGGAUCUCAAAUUUUAAGUUUAAUCGUUAUAAGAUGAGAAUAAUCUUUUAAUUACACAUUUGGAAGAUUUGAGAAGAAAUCAAAACGAUGAUGUUAUUAACAAUUUAGAAACUGAAUUAAGUAAUGCUAGAGAUUUAUUUGAGUAAUAACAAUAGAAUUUCAAAUAAUGUUAAGAAAGAGAAUAUGAUAUUAGUAGGGAACUUGUUAAAAUGAAUUCAUAAUAUAAAGAAGCUUUAGAGAAGAUUGUUGAGUUGUCUUCAUAAUUAAGUAGUUAUGAAGAUAACAAUCAUGAACUUAGAAAUCAACUUAUGUUAAUUUCUAAUAAAAUCAAUAUUAUAUAAAAGAAUGCUUUUGAUUAAGUUAAUCAAAAGGAAAUUGAAAUUGAAAGUUUACAAAUUAAAUUUAAUACUUUAAUUAAAGAUAAUGAUUCAAUUAAGGAUUAAUUAAGUUAGUAUGAAUAUAAAAUAUAAGAAUUAAUUAAAGAGAAUACAAAAAUAAGUGAAGAAAUGAAGAUGAUUUAAUUAAUGAAUAAUGAACUUUUAAAUUAAGAGAAAGAUAUAAAGAAUUAAUUAUAAUUAGAGAAAAUGAAAAAAAUUCCAAAUUUAUAGGAUGAUUAAAUGAAUAAAGAAUAAUUAUUAAAAGAAUGCAGAAGAUUAGGAGAGUAAUUAGAAAGAGCAUAAUUAGAAUAUAUUAAAUUAGAUGAUUUUUUGACAAAACAGAUUGAAUUAUAAAAAAAAUAAUCAGAAUAAAUUCUUGAAAACAUGAAAAUCAGAUAUUAAAAUUCUUUAGAUAGUAGAUAAGAAUAAAUUAAUUAGUUAGAAAAACAAAUUAGUUCUUAGAUUGAGUAGAUUAAUAUUCAAAAAAAAGAAUUAGAAAUAAUUAAUUUAGAUUAUUAAGAAAUUAAAUAAAAAUAAGUAUAAUCUAAUAUAUUUAAAAAUAGGAAGAUUAAUCUUAGUUAAAGAAAUUAGUUGAUUAAUAAGUGAUGGAAAUUAGAGUUCUAAAAAGUUAAUUAUAAGAUAAGAAAAUGCUUAUUAAUGAAAUGUUAGAUGAAAAGGAUAAAAUGAGUAAGUUAUUUAAAAGUGAAUAAAUAUCAUAAUAGUAAAAUAUUCAUUUGUUGGAGGAAGAAAUAAAAUAAUUAUAAAAUUAACAAAUUAAAUAUUAAUCAUAGAAGGAAGAUCUUGAGAAAUUAUUAGAAAUCAAUGAUAACUUGAAAUAAGAAAUUCAUCAUAUUUAAUAAUAAUAUAAGGAUGUUUAAUCUUUAUGUAGAGAUGAAAUUGAAAAAAGAUAGAAUGUAUAAUAUUGAUUAAUAAAGUUAUAAGUAGAAGCAGGUAUUUAAGCUAAUUAAAUUGGAACUCUUAAAGAGUAGAUUAGAUAUUUCUAAGAAUAAUAGCAAAGGAAAGAUAAAUUAGACUAGGUUUUAUAGGAAAAUCAAAUUCUAAGAGCUCAACUUAAAUAAUGA